GUUAGAAGAUGCGUUAGGCCUCUGUUGUUAAUUAUAUGUAUUGUAGAUGCUGUCGUGUGUUCAUAGUAGUACAGUAAUUUCUAAACGUUAGAAAUACACUCAUAUUUUAAGACACCACUUUCAAUCUUAUUAAAUUUCAACAAAUCAGAAAAUGACAGUAUAACUACAGCACGCUGCACUGGAGUCGUAACUUUCAAAAGGUGAUAGAAAUACUGAAAUGGAUGUGCUACUUGCUACUAAGUUAGACUAAGAGUCAAACGCCUACGGUUAACCGAAACUGUAAGCUGACUUUGCAAAAUAUGUCACAGGCCUAACGAAGUAAUCAUGCAAUAAGUUUUGACUUAACAACAAUUACAUGUACUGUACGUUACAGUUUUGUUAAAUUUAAAUAAAGUUUUAAGCUGUUGGAGAUGAUAAAGAAAACUCUGACAGAAAAUGGGCAAGCUCGUUUAGAGAAGUUGGUUCUUGUUAACAAGCCCAGGCAUCGUAGUGUGGAGAUAUCUGGAAGUGGUCACCUUGCAUUUUCUGUAGGAGUUGCGGAACAUCAUGCUUUUAGCACUGCAAGACAGUCGAGUAUAGAAGAACAAGGGAUAUGCUCAAGAAAAAUUCCAGCCCAAAAUAUAGUAUCUAGACUCAUCCAGAGAGAAACUUAUCCAGCCAAACAGUCUGUGACUCAGUUUCAUGUUUCUCGGGCAUUUCAUCAAAACGUCUUUCCUAAUUUUACAGUUGUAAAUGUUGAAAAGCCUCCAUGUUUUCUAAGGAAGUUUUCACCUAGUGGCUAUCAUUUUGUUGCUUUUUCUUCAGAUCAAACUUCCAUUGAAAUAUAUGAAUACCGUGGUCCAUCAGCAGCUGAAGAGCUGCUUAAAAAUAUUUCAGGGGAGCACACUGCAGAAGGGAAUGACCAAAAAAUGCUCUAUAUUCGUAGUAAAAUUUUUGAACAUUUUUUCAAACUGAAGCAUGUUGUAAACAUUGCUUCAAAUGGGGAGCAGCUGAACAGAGAAUGUAGCCUUUUCACUGAUGAUGGAAGAUUUGUAAUUGUAGGUUCUGCUGCAUACAUUCCUGAUGAACCUUAUCCAUUAUUUUUUGAUAUUUAUCGAAACAGUGAAUCUGUAUCUCCAAACCCGCGUUCUCCACUAGAGGACUAUUCUUUACACUUAGUAGAUUUAUUUGAAGGAAAGCUCUGUGACAAAAGAACGUUUAAGACUGAUAAAAUAUUUCUGUCACAUAACCAAGGUCUUUAUUUGUACAAAAAUACCCUUGCUGUUCUUUCUGUUCAACAUCAAACUAUUCACAUUUUUCAGGUGAAUUCUGAUGGAAAUUUUAUUGAUGUCAGAACAAUUGGAAGAUUUUGUUAUGAAGAUGAUGAGUUCUUGAUAUCCUCAUUGUUCAUGAGUGAAGGGAAUUCCAGGUUUUCAAUCCAUAGGCCUUACCGAGAAGUUUCAAUCAACUCUUUAAAGCAUAGGUUGUUGGUUUUUUUGUUUAAACAAGCUUUGUCAGAAAGCAAAAGCACUGGUUCCCCUCGACCUUUAAGAAAGUUUUAUCAGUAUUUUGAUCAGUUUCGCCAGUUAAGGAUGUGGAAAAUGCAGUUACUUGAUGAAAAUCAUUUACUGAUAAAAUACGCUAGUGAAGAAGUAGUAACUUUACGACUUUCAUACCCAAAUACCCAGCCAUCAUUUUUUGUUGUAUACAAUAUGGAAUCAACAGAAGUUAUUGCUUUUUAUGAUUAUACUUCAGAAGAACUUUUGAAUUUGUUUGAGAGUUUCUGUGACAUGUUCCGUAAUGCCCUACACUCUCAAGCACAACUGACUUGUUCUCCAUCCAAUAACAACUACUCUCGCUUAAAUCAGUAUAGAUUUAAACAGACCAUCAUUAAUGCUCGUAAUGGGGGUCCUACGGAAGCUGUAAAGCGGUUACUUGCACAAUUACCCAUUAGUUCACAGUCAUACACCAGCAGUCCGUACCUAGACCUGGCUCUUUUUAGCUAUGACGACAAGUGGGUUUCAGUAAUGGAAAGGCCCAAAAGCUGUGGAGAUCAUCCAAUUAGAUUUUAUGCACGAGACUCUGGGCUUCUGAAAUUCAAAAUUCAUGCUGGAUUACAAGGACACAACCCUCCACCAGCAGCAAGACGGCUAGUUGCCUUUACUUUUCAUCCUUUUGAUCCGUUUGCAAUAAGUGUACAGAGAACAAAUGCUGAAUAUGUUGUAAACUUUCACAUAAGACAUAUACCAACAGGAGAUUAGUUUUUCAUGUACAUUAUAUAGACCAUUUAUGAGUUUGCAUUGAAUACAUUAAAGUAUUUAUCACAUGUGCCAACAGGAGAAUAGUUGUGUCUUUAGUUUGUGUAACUAGUUCAAUGCUGAAAUGCACCAGUAGAUUUGUUAGAAAUGGCACUACUGUUGUUGUAAAUAACCAUACAUCCCUACAAAGAAUUAUUCCUUUAAUAGGCCUACUUUGGCUUGUUCCUGUUGUGAUUUUAUAGCAGAUGUUACCAAGAAUCUAGCUAGGCCUUAAGUAGUCUUUGAUUCUAGUUUAAAAUUUGAUAUACUUAUCCGUACUUAAAAUACUAGGAAGCAAUAAGCUUAUUAAAUGCCGAAAUACUGAGUUUCUUUUUAAUAAGAAGAUAUAUGUUCAAGAAUGUAAUCAAAUCUGCACUGUAUCAGUUAGGGGUGGUGUAAGGGUAACUUACUGUGGUAACAAGUUGUGAUAUAUCCUUAAAUCUUUAUGAUUAGCUUUUUUAUAAAUGUAUCAGUAGCUUUCAUCCAUCACUUUUGUCUAUGCAAAUGCAUGUACAUAAACAUAUAGCUAUUCAAUCCUUCUCAGUUUAUGAAAUACCUCUUACCUGUGUUCCACAGAUACCUUAUAAUUAUUAGAAUACCCAGAUCAUUUACUCUAAUUUAUUAUAGGCAUUAUUUUAGCUUAAUCGUAAUGUAAUAGAAAUAGCUCCUUAUCACUGAUAAGUGAAAUAGUAGCUGUGGCAUCAUUAGUUUAAUUUUAUCUAACAUAAAAUAUGUUUAAUAAAUAUACUAAAAAAUUGGAAGCAAGAAACCUGUUGGUGAUUUUCUCUUAUCAAAGAUGUGUUUUACGAUUAAGGUAUAUAUAUAUAUAUAUAUUAAAUAACUACGUAGUUACAAUGGAAUGGAUAUUAAUUAUGUGGUUCUAUGUACUCAGUUUUCUUGAUGUCCUAGUUAGAGUAAAUUUAAUUAAAAAGUGAUUUAUAAACCUAAAGAAAAAAUUACAAUACCCAGUUAGAUAUUAUAUGUAAAGAAUGAUUCACUGCAAAUCAUUGUAGAAUAUCCUGAGGAAAAAUAAAAUGUACGUUCUGGAUAGAUCUGUAAAUAUUUAGGUAUUUCCAGUAAGAGGUAUGAAGUAAGAAAAUAAAAUUUAGUAUUUUA